AUUUCUUUCUACUGCCUGUCAAUGCCAUCUUUAGCCAGGUGGUGGAGCUGUCGGGUUUACAAAUCUCUUCUGCAGCCGAACACAGACUUAUUGAGGUCUUCAGUGAAGUAUGUUCUAACAACCAGGGAUUUAUUCCGUUCUCCAGUGCAGUUUGUCCAAACAUAGUUCUUGUUCAGUCUUCUUUCCUUUUGGGCCUUACCCCAAUUAAUUAUAUUUAGUGUCUAGCAGGGGAGCAACAUAGGACCAGCACAAAUCACGUUUUUUUCGGUAUGACUUUAAUUGGGGAUCAAACCCCUAACCAUAUAAGUGUAUACAUUAUGUUAACUUGUCUGCCCCUGGUGGUGCCUAGGCAGCUGUUGGCACAUCAAUCUCACCAGGUCAGGCUAAUCUUCUCAACAGCAUCCUCUUACCCAGAGACCAUGUAUUGCUCUCUGUUAUGUAAGACUCCUAACACAAUUACCGGUAGAUAUCCUUUCAAAACAGUGUAGCAGAAGGAGGAGAAUAGUGUAGGAGAAUCCACCGCCACUGACUUAACACUCAGUGUCUUAGCUUAAAUAGCACCAAGGUAAGUAAGUUGGUGUAAGUAAAUGUAAUAAGAAGAGACACAGGACUUAGAAUCUUCUAAUCAAGAGCCUGUUCCACUUUCACGAAUCAUUUGUUAUAAUGGCCACUGCUUUAUCCCUCAGAAGCUUUAUCAACUGAAAAUGGAGCUAAUCUAUUAUAGCUGUUUUCUUUGGCUUAUUCCAGUGCUUUGAGAUUUGUUUCUGUAAUUUAAAGCGCCAUAUAAAAGUUGAAUGAGUCAAUAUUAUUGGGGAAACAUUAACCUACCAGAAGGUUCUAAAUCACCAGAGGAAAACCGGAGGUACUUUCCCGACUACUUAAGAGAACCCAAUUACCAUUCAUUGUGGGGGUCAUUAGAACAGUCUGAGAUGCGUCAGCAAGGUAUCUUUUACUCCAUCCCUUCUUAGCCGAGGUACCAUUAUCAGCUUUCACCUAUCUCAGGUAAGCCUAUCAGAAGUGAACUUGACGGUGCUUGGUACAGUAAGUCAUUCAGACCCAAACCCAGACACAAACCACGAGUGCCCCUGGCCGGUUCUUCCGGAGCCAGUAAUGUCCAACAAAUAUUUACAUGGUCUGGCUGUCCACUGAAGGGAGUCUAGAAUGUCGUGUCAUUAAUCACUUUUGAUUCUCUGUCAGGUCGAGGCCACGGGCCUUUGCCUCUUCAACCUAUUUCCACACUAAUGAGAUUGGUUGGUUAAUCCGGGACAUGUCAGGAAUAGACCUCCUACAGCUCCCACUGCUAGGAGAAGUGCACUAUAUGUUUAUUAAGACAGGAGGUGUGUCGAGGAGCGAAGUGGUAAGUGUCUUACCAGGCCGCGCUACAGAUCAACCUAUAUCUCAGAUAGUCCCCUUUUCUCCGGCACCUCUCGAGGGAACUAGGCUAGGAGAGUGUGGUCCUACGCCUGUCCCGGGUGGGAUGUAGGAUGUGUGACAUUGGCAGCCCAGAAACAAGGAUAGUGCAGGCACUGGAUGGUGGAGCCACUUCCUAAUUUACCGGGAGAAAAGGGACCGGAGUCAGCUGGCGUGUCAGAUCCAAGGCAGGAAUGUGGAGUCGUUUUAUGUGGAUGGCUGAAGAUGCUGAACUUCACUAGGUCCACCCUGGUGCUGCUGCAGGCACUGCCAUGGCAGUGGAAGUCUGCUUGAGUGUUCAGUCAUACGACACCCCAUCAUCAGACAAGCAGUGGAGUACCGUGGAGUACCUCGCCCACAUGGAGUCGUUCAGGACCCCAAGGUCGAAGGUCACAUUGGUGGGGGAGGUGAUACGCCACGUCAUCCCUGGACCCACACAGUGCUCCCUAGGCUGCGGGGGUCAGAACUGCAAGUAUGAGAACCCUGACCGCUGGAGCGAGGAGAACCAGGCCAUCAGAGGCCUCUACUCCUCCUGGGUCACAGAGAAUCUACUGGCAAUGGCCAGGCCCUCUACUGUUCUCAUAGAGAAGUACAACAUCAUUGACCAAUUUCAAAGAUGUGGCCUGAAGACAGUGAUAAACCUCCAGAUACCAGGGGAACACGCCAGCUGUGGUCCCAAUGCACUGGAAUCAGAGAGUGGAUUCUCCUACCGACCAGAAGUCUUCAUGGAGAAUGGCAUAUAUUUCUACAACUUUGGUUGGAAUGACUACGGAGUGGGAUCCCUCACAUCGAUUCUGGACAUGGUGAAGGUCAUGUCAUUUGCCAUGCAGGAAGGGAAGAUGGCUGUCCACUGUCACGCUGGCCUGGGAAGGACAGGUGUGUUGUUGGCAUGUUUCCUGGUGUUCGCCACAAGGAUGACCGCCGACCAAGCCAUCGUGUUUGUGCGUUCCAAACGACCCAACUCGGUCCAGACCAGAGGUCAGCUGUAUUGCGUACGGGAGUUUGCCCAGUUCCUGGUCCCUGUACGGAGUAUUUUCUCCUGUGCUGAGCCAAGAACCAACCCUUUCACCCUGUCCCAGUUUCUGACCCGCCAGAGACACAUGCUACACGGCUACGAACGGCGGGAGCUCCGACACCUGCCCAAAAUUAUCCAGGUGGUCUGCAAACUGCUGCUCGACAUUGCAGACAACCGCCAGGUCAUCGAAGAGGACGUGCUCGACGUCGCUGACCUGACACCUGAGGAGGAGAUGGAGUUUGAGCGUUACCGCGACUACGGCUUCAACAAAGGCAGCUUUGGGGGGGGUAUCCUGGGGGGUCAGCCACGCUUGCCGGGACUCCCAACCAGACCCAGGCACGCCAACGAACCACCACUGUUCUACCACCGGAAGAGCCUGAGCUACAGUGAGUCAGACCUGCACAGGCUGGGCUCAGAGCUCAACCUACCGACCUUACCUCUCACCUAUUCUCUGUCCGCCAGCAAUGUGCCUGUGGUCUGUUCUCCCUCGUUAAACUCUCUGCCGACGGUCCCGGCAACAUACAGGCAGAGAAGCACCACCUGCGACUCCCAAGAUAGAUCCCUAACCCACGGCUCCCUCUGGGAGCAGAAGAGCCUUUCAGAGGUGUCCCCACUUCUAAGGAAGACCCAGAAAGUCUUGCAGCGCAGCGAGUCCGAUUGCAACCCCAGGCAGAAGAACUACAACAUGCUGUUUAGGUGGAAGGAGGGGCAGAGGGCCAAGCUAGUGGCCAAUGGGAAUGUGUCCCAGCCGACUCCGUUUGAGGAUUCCGAGGUGCCCUUCAUCAUCCUCCAGACAGAGCUGUCCAAGGAGGCCAGGAGGCUACUGGUGGCCCAGUCCCUGGCCGUGGACCUGGAGCUAGAUGGAGAAGAGGAGCACAAAGAAAGAUUGCACGCCUGGCAGUCAGAACUGAACAUGGGAGGGGCAUGGGACAGGCUGUGUACUUUGGAAAGGGACCCAUUUGUGCUGUCUGGACUGAUGUGGACCUGGCUGGAGCAGCUGAAGGAGCCAGUUAUCUCGGUCAAGGAUGUCCAGAAUCUGGACAUUAACAACAGCGACCCUGCAAACCCAGCGGCUGUCUUCAAAACACUGGACAUGGCUCCCAGGGAGAUGCUGAUGUGCAUCAUGGGCUGUAUGGCAAAUGUUCUAACAAUACCAGAGGAGGUGGAGACUGCCUUCUUGGACCGCACCAUCAAGGCUUUCACAAAGAUUGAAAAAGGAUCAGCGGUGUAUCCGAGCAUGACAGAGAUACUAAGGCUGGUGCUACAUGACUUGAGAUUAACAGCCAUAGAGAAGGACGAGGUUCCAUUCAUUCCUCCUAUCCCUGCAGUACUAAUACCAUAAUCCAACGGUCUUCUGUUCCAAGCCAG